UGUGCGUGUAGACUAGACUGCACUGUAUUGCAGAGCCCACCCCUUGACCUUCUCCUCGCACUACUUCCUUCACUCUUUGCCUCUACAGAGGAUCUAACAUGACAUCUCUUCCAGAGACUUUUUUCCUUUAAAGGCAGUUCCAGAGCGGAAAGGAGCAACCAUGGCACAGCCGAGGAGCUAUCCGAAGAUAGUCCAGGAUAUCACCGGUUGUGUCCAAGACUUGAAAAAAGACUACAACGACACCAAGCUACCAAUUACUGAUGAUUCCCAGACAUUGCAUAAGUUUUGUGCGAAGCUGGAAUACUUGCUCCAAAUUGACAUGAAAGGUCGAACCAGCAUUCUCGGUGGUCGUCGCGAUUACUGGGAUUACUUUUAUAAAUGCCUGAGCAAAGUCAAAGGGCUGAACGACGGAUUGCGAUUUGUGCGAGCAAUGGCAGAGGUGAAAUCUUCUCUGGGACGUGGUCGUGCUUUCAUUCGUUACAGUCUGGUUCAUCAUCGCUUGGGUGACAGUGUACAGCAGUGCAUCUCCAACGUGAAGGUUACCAGUGACUGGUACGGCCCAACUGCUGUUCUUCUCAACACCGUUCACAGCUCCACUGUCGUUAACGCUCUGUACGAACUCAAUGAUAUCCAGUUUGACCUUUCACCCACUGGUUACGACCUGGACACUGCCUGGCCUACAUUUGCCCGUAAAAGCAUCGGUGCGGCCAAUCUGUUUCUCUGGCAACCUCCGAGCAGGACGACAAGCACCAGCAGCAUCAACUCACAGCAAAGUGCAAGUGACUCAUACCCCAACAGUCCCAUGAUCGAAUCCAGACCCUCUUUUCUGGAAGACCAACUCACACGCCUGCAGAAGGAGUUUGAAGAAUGUGAGCAGGUUAAUCGGCAGCUGCGAGGACGAAUCGACCAGCUGGAGCAGGACAAUGAAGAGCUUCACCAGAUGGCCCAGGAGACAGAGGAGCAAAUGACCUGCUUCCGGAGCAAGUCGGAGAGGGAAACGGCAGAACUUCAGGAUCAGGUCGAGAUGCUGGAAGAAGGACUGAAUGCAAAGGAAGAAGAAUUGUUUGGACUUGAAAGCCAGUGGAAAGAGAAAUUGCAAGAAGCUGAGAAGACAGCAUCAGAUUUGUAUGCUCGCAUCGAAGUGCUGAACAAGCAGCAUGAUAGUAGAGAAAAGAUGCUGACAGAAUCUGAGAGAGAUCUCAGAGAAAAACUCCAACUAACUGAAAGCUCAGUGAGUGAGUUGAAGCAACAGGUAAUUGCUUAUGAAGCCGACUUAGCCGUGAGGACUGCAUCUGAGACGAGUAAUAAGGAAAAGGUCUCCGAACUGGAGGGCAAGCUUGCUGAUGCUGAGAACAGAAAUCUGGAGCUCAUUACCAGGAUGGAUAGCAUGGUUCAAAACAAAGACAAGACGGUCUCCAGCCACUUUGAAUCGGCCAGCAGGGUCCACGAGCUCCUGACGAGGCUAGAAGGGGCAGAGACGGAGAAGCUUCAGCUUCAAGGCAUCAGAGAGGAGCUGAUCCGCAAAUUAGAGCUCGUUGAAAUGGAAAAAACAUCCGAAAAAGAAUCCAGUAGUCAGAGACAAGAACAGUCCACAAACAAAAGUAAGGGUUCAACCGAGACACCAAACACAGAGCACUACUUACAACAGAUAAAAGAACUUGAGACACUGAAACUUCAGCUGGCUUCCCAUAAUUCAGAACUUGCUAAAAAGGUUCACAAUCUGGAAGCAGCCCUGCAGAACAGUGCAACCGAAAAAAUUGUCGUUGAAAGACAGAUGAAUGAACUGAAGAAAACCGUGUCCAAUUUGGAGGAAAGUGACUGUGUGUUGAGGGAAGAAAAGGCAGACUUGCAAAGGCAAGUGUCACUUGUGGAAAAAGAAAGGGACGAGGCAGUCAGAAAGGCCACAUUUCUUGAAGAUGGAAACAAGAAAAUUGCAGACUUAGAAAAGCAGCUGAGGAAAAGUCAACAAGAGGUGGAUGCUUUGAAAAUCCAAACUUCAAAACUGCACAAUUUAGAAUCAACAUUCCAACAGUUGCUAACAGACCUUGAAACUCAAGAACAGUCACGAUCAGCUGAGCCAUCAGCGGAUUCACAAGUUCACUCUGAAGCUUACCAAACCUCUGCUUCUGACACCAGUGGAUCAACAGAAUUACGAGGGGAUGGAUCCCCGAUUCAUUCACUACAACUCAGAAUCAACAGCAUUCUGGCUGACAAAGCAACAGGGUUCAGUCAGCUUCAGGGAGCUCACAGAGAAGUGACUGACUUGAAGGCCCACAAUGAUGAAUUAGUGAAGCAGCUGGGAACAAUGAAAGAAAAGCAGCAACGACAAAGUCAAGAGGUCUGUGAUCUUCGGGAUACCGUCGCACGUCUUCAGGGUGAACUGGCUGAUGCCGGCUUGAGGUCUGAAUCUCAGAAGCAAGUAUUAAAUGUGAAAGACGGAGAACUGAAAAGCCUUGCCCAGCAGAUGAGCUGCCUGCAGCAAAGAGUCUCAGAUUUGAAGGAUGGCGUUGUGCAAAAGUCACUGGAACUAGAGACCCAUCAGCAGAAACUAGAGCAGGCCAAUAACCAGCUGAAGUCUUUCAAAGUAUCACUCGAAAAGGCCAGGACUGAGAAAGAAACUCUGAGCUCCAAGUUAAGUUCCACGGAGACCAGUUUUGAAGCCCUCAAGCAUGAGCAUGGGGGACUGCAAAGCAAGACGCAGGAACUGGAGACACACAGUCAGGAGAUCCAAGAAGACCUGGAGAAGCAGAAGCAGGCAAAAAGAGAGCUGGAGAGCAUGCUGGAAGACACCAGGAGGUUGGUCGAGGAGAACGUCUCCCUGGAGCAAGUCUUUGAGGAGCGGAAGCAGAAAAUGAUCAAGGAGCAUGAGGACAAAGUGGAGUUUCUGACCCACCAGUUCAACAUGAUCCAGGAGGAGACGGAGAAGGCCAACACUGAGAAAUUCAGAUUUCAGGAGGAGCACAAGGUGAUGUUGGGAGAGGUCCAAGAGAUGAGAGAGAAGUUGGAACUGAUGGAGACCGAGAGGAACGAGAUCAAGAAGACAAACGACACCUUGAACACGGAGAUAGCUCGGGUGAAUGAGGCGUCGCAGCUCGCCAACGUCCAGAAGGAGGAGACAUCUCAGAAACUGGAGCAGCUGAGAUCUGAGAUGUUUGAAGCCCUGGAAGAAAACACAACGAGGAUGCUGCGCCUCGAGAACGUGCUGCACGAUACUCAGGAGGAGCGAGACCGAGCAAAAUUGCGCAUCAGUGACCUAGAGACUGAACUGACGGAGGCGAGGGAAAAGCUCUUGCAGGCAGAGCAGAAACUGGAGGAAAGCACCCAGCAGCUGACUAACCUAGAGUGUGUCAGGCAGCAAGAGGUAUCGGCCCUCAAGUUCCAGCUGAGCUCCGAGGCCAUGGAGUACCAGCAGGCCAUUCAGGGUUACAAACAUCAAGAGACAAAUCUCCAAGGAUUGCAAGAUCGAUGUAACGAGCAGGAAGAGAUAGUGGAGAGUCUUCAGACCGAGCUAAACCUGGCCAGAGCCCAGCUUGAGCAGCAACAGAAGCAGUGUAAGGAUGCACAGGAGUUGGCUACAGAGAAGCAACGUGAGAGUUCCGCCCUGCAAGAAGCUAUUCAACAGAUGUCCAAAACACUGGAAGAGCUACAAGUGCAGAAUCUGAAUUCUGAAGAGGAGCUCACACAGUUGAGGGUCGAAAGACAAGGCAAGCAGACAUCGCUUGAAAGCAAGGUGGUGGAAUUAGAGAAUGACAACGUUGAACUCAAGAAACAGAUCAUCAAGCUUAUCAAAGAUAAGGACACUCUGUGGCAGUGGACAGAUAAGCUGGAUUACCAACGCAAGAUGAAAGCCUCCGAGAGGUGGAUUGAUGAUAGCGAGGUCACUCAAUGCAUGCAGUGUCAUGUUGAGUUUUCUCUGAUUGUCAGACGUCACCAUUGCCGUCUGUGUGGUCGUAUAUUCUGCACCAAGUGUGCCAAUUGCUACGUGUCUGCUGCACACAGUCGCAAGAAAUCUCGUGUCUGCGAGCAGUGCUUUGUUAUUCACCAACAAGCGAAUGAGCCCGACCAAGUGCCGCCCUCCACCUCGAUCUCGCUGGACAGCGACGACGAAACGGAGCGAGAGACCCUGGCCCGCAGCCGGUCCUUCAUCGGCUCCAGCAGCCCGCUCAGCGAAGGACGGCAGUCCGUACCGACGACCGAGGCUUCGUCUUCGCUAGAAGGUGCUGCCCCGGGGAGGGCGUCUCCAGAACAGCAGGGAUCGGCAGGGGGGCAAGCUGGCGAUUCCACUGCUGAAGGGAAGACUUUGCAAGAUGCUGAUCAGAAACUGAAACAGAGAGGCUGGAAAGGUGAAACCAGUCUGGUCACUGGAAGUGAAUCCAGCUAUUACUCAGAAACUGAACCACCCGAGAACCCCGUGAUCGUGCUGGACAGCCCGCUGCCGUCGCGCCGUUCUCUCCAAUCCAGUAGCGACAGGGACGAGCCCGACUUUGACCUCAUCAGCGAGGAAGAGAUCAGCGCAGUGAGGAAUUCCAUCUCGUCCCCGCUGGACAGCCCCGUCGUUGGGCUUAGAAGUCCGCGCCUCGCGGAGAAAAGCACGUUCACCUGUCCCACCCUGCACAUGAGUGAGCUGGAAAGCGGUAACAAGGCCGAUGAUGACAUCACCAUCAAGGCAGGACAGAGCUAUGCAGUGCCAAUACAUCUGGAUUCGCCGGGGAUUACCCUGUGCUGGGAAUUUGCCUCAGCUCCCAAGACGGUUGCUUUCAGUGUGACUUACCAGCCGGCCGACUCCUCCCCGACAGACGAAAGCCAAGGCCAGCAAGCUCACGUGGAUGAGCUCAUCCCACUCUGCAAGUGUAAUUCCCACAGACACGCCGUGCAGGGGGAGCUGAUGGCUCGCAAAGCAGGCAUCUAUACAUUGCUGUUUGACAACAGCUUCUCAAGAUUUACCCAGAAGUCUGUGAAGUAUAGCCUGCAGGUCAAACGGCCGGAGGCGGCAUACUGACCGUCUCGUGAGCUGGCUAGGCAUGGAGUUACAAGCAACGAGACGUAUGCUAUGAACAGUCAGUGAGUUUGCCAGUGAACAGUGCUCUCGUCCUGGCCUGAAUCUUAAUGGCAGCAAUAUCUCCCCAGGGCCAUGUUUCUGCAAAGCAUGGCUUCCUUUGGUGGGAAAAAAUAACAGCAGAUGGAAUAGCCAGUAGAGGCAGCUUACUGCAUGGAGGUGACCUAGUGGCAAGACCAGGGUUGUUCAAGUUGCCAUUCACCUCCCAAAGAGUCAUCUGCCAAGGACGGACAUCAGGUAGUGGAAUUGUCACGCUCUGCCAGGAUAGGAGCUAAAACUGGCGGAAAUCUCCGCCUGCGCUGAUUCACAAAAAUACAGUAACAGUGUAACACCCAACCCCAUUGUCAAACUGGGAUCCGCAGUAAUACUGGAUUUCAGGAGAGACAAGUUUUCCAACCAGCCAGAGGUGAUCAAAGGCUGCCUUGGCCAGUGAUUGACCUGCUUGGGCAGUCACCAAUUGUAGGCCGACGUGGCCAGAACCAGGCAGAAAUUAUGCCUACAAUUAUAUUUUGGCAUUUUCAUAGGUAUUUAUACAAACUGAUUUUUUUCCAGUAUAUUGGGCUGUUUUAGAAACCUCAAGGUUUGUACUUUACUUAGACUAAGUGUACAGGAAGGCUUGGACAAAUUCAAAUUUGAAGAGCUCAGCAAUCCAAAUGAAAUUUGGUAUGUUACAUGUAAUUGCAACAAAAGUAAUUAAAUUACUUGUGAAAUAUCGAUGGGUGCCGUUGUGGGAAUGGAGGAACAGCUGGUUAACCCCUUCGCUACGGAGGACUGAUACUACCGCACUUUGGUGUGAGGAUUGGUGCAUACCACACAUACAGUCUAUUCACCAUGCAGCUGCUGGUUCAAUGGGGCCUGCUGCUGGACAAAGCCCUCCA